AGCAUGGAGACCUCGGCUGACUGGCUGGCCACCGCCGCCGCCCGGGGCCGGGCUGACGAGGUGCGGGCGCUGCUUGAGGCGGGGGCGCCGGCCCACGCGCCGAACCGUUACGGUCGGAGCCCGAUUCAGGUCAUGAUGAUGGGCAGCGCCCGCGUGGCCGAGCUGCUGCUGCUCCACGGUGCGGACCCCAACUGCGCGGACCCCGCCACCCUCACCCGACCCGUGCACGACGCCGCCCGGGAGGGCUUCCUGGACACGCUGGUGGCGCUGCACCGAGCCGGGGCGCGGCUGGACGUGCGCGACGCCUGGGGCCGCCUGCCCGUGGACCUGGCUGAGGAGCGGGGCCACCGCGACGUCGCCCGCUACCUGCGCGCGGCUGCAGGGGACACCGAAGGCGGGAGCCACGCCCGCGCAGACUCCGCGGAAGGUCCCGCAGACAGUCCCGCCCUAAAGAAUCAUUGAAAUGUAGAGACACUUCGACUACGUAUUUUGAUCUUCAGU